UCCAGAAACUUCACUCAACAGCAACCCUAAGGAAGCACAGAACCAGGGGAAGGGAAGACAUUUUCGCCGCUAUUGUCGUAUCAGCCGCUGUAGAAGAACGUCAAUUCUUCUGCAGCAGCUUCCUGCUCUUGGUUCUGAUCACGGUUGCUCGAUCGAUUUUCCGAAGGUGAACAAUGGCUCGCUCGUUCUCCAACGCUAAGGCGGUUUCUGCUUUCGUCGCCAACGAGAUCUCGAGAAGAGGAUAUGCUGCGGCGUCGAACGGCGUCGUUUCGAGCAGCGUGAGGCGAGCAGCGCCAAACGUGAUGUUGAAGAAAGGAUCCGAUGAAUCCGGGAAGACCGCGUGGGUGCCUGACCCAGAGACCGGAUACUACCGGCCGGAGAACGCGAAGAAGGUCGCUCAGGACCCUGUGGAGCUCCGCGAGGCGCUCAUCUUCAACAAAAGUGGCGGGCAGUGAGUAAAUCCAAGUAUGUAUGGGUAUGGGAUUCUCUAUCUGUCCGGUGGUCCGGACGCCGUCGGAUCUCGCUUGCCUGCUAUCUACCUCGGAAAUCCUUCCAUUAUCUAUCCUCGUCUUGCUGCCUGGCUGAAAUCUCCAUUAAAAUUUAUGCUGAGUUUUCAAUAUUCUAUCUAUAUCUAUAUCUAUACAGAUAUACACGAUCCUUAUCGUUAUCGUUGUUCUUAUCAUCAUCUCGUCUGCAGCAAUAAUAAAAUAAAAAUACUCUUAUUUAGUUCACAAUUUCAA